AUGUCUCGGAAUAGAUGUGAUGGUUUACUUGCGAAAGUCGAUUUUCCUCUUUACACAUUACAAACUCUCACGAGUCGUCAUGUUCUCGUGGCAGGCGGUGGUGGUGCUUCGAAUACAGGCGUCGCGAAUGGAUUUGAAAUAUUUGAGUUAUCACACAAUGGAACACGAUUUGUUGCAGAAGAAGUGAUGAGGUACGAAACUGGACCUAAUGUUGUGAUGACAUGUUCUGUACAAAAUGCGCAGAACCGGAUAUACCUGGCAGCUGGUCAGGAAAGCCACUGCCAGCUGUACAAAGUUAAUGUUAAGAUGGUAGAUGCUGCAGAGAUGCGUCGCGGCAGCUUUAGAGCCGAAAAUGGGCUUGUACGUCGUCGUAGAACUAUCUCUGAGAAUGAUAACAUAUCAAAGAUGGAAAGCCAUAACUAUACUACAGAUAAAAGAAUGUCAUUUGAAAUACGGCCAUGUGAUAGUGUGCAAACAGAUUUCGGUGAGGAUCCACUACAAAGGGUAGUUAUAAUAAGUCAUAAUGGAAAACUGAUGGCGACUGGUGGAGUGGACGGUAAAGUCAGAGUAUGGUCAUUUCCUAAAAUGCAACUUUUGUUUGAAUUACAAGGACACACAAAAGAGCUGGACGACUUAGACUUUAGUCCGUGCGAUAGUAAAUUGGUGAGCAUAGCUAAAGAUGGCCAGGCACUAGUCUGGGGAACCAAUGCGAAGGCCGCACCACAGCUCAGCCUCACUUGCCAGCCACCCAAUGGCACUAAGUACCUGUUUCGACGUUGCAAGUUUGGAGCAAUAGAAGAUAAGAAAGGUGAAUACAGAAUGUUCACAAUAGCCAAUCCCCUAGCAAGAUCGGGCAAAGCUAAGGGUCUGGUGCAGAUGUGGGAACCUCGGACUGGGGCGUUGAAGAAGACUGUGGUGGUAGCGGAGUCCCUCUCCGCACUUGCUGUGAGGGACGAUGGCAGAUUUGUGGGUGUUGGCACUAUGUUCAGUGGAUCAGUGGAUAUUUAUAUAGCUUUUAGUUUACAGCGUGCGCUGCACGUGUCCAGCGCGCACGGCAUGUUCGUGACGGCGCUGGCGUGGGCGCCGCGAGGGCUGCGCGCGCGCUCCGACGCCGCGCUGCUCUCCGUGUCCGUCGACAACCGCCUCGUCGUGCACACGCUGCCCUACCCAGACACAAUGCCGGCGUGGGUCGCCGUCGUCCUCAUCGUGUUCACGCUAUUCUGCACUUUUUGUCUAUGUUCGUAUCUAGAUAUA